UUCCUGCCCGCUCUGCUUGUGCUGCGGCUCGGCUGGUGCAAGGAGAUCUCGGACUGGGGGCUGCUGGGCAUGACGGAGCCUACCAAACACUGCCAGCCCUCAGACAGAGAGCCUCCGAGCCUGCCUUUCCAAGAGAAGCCUCGUCUAGUGACGGAUGAGGAUCUGGAGGAGUUCAGGGAUCAGCAAGGAGCAUCACUGCUGGCCCUCAGAGAACUUCAGGUGCUGGAGCUCACAGCCUGCUCAAAGCUCACCGACACCAGCAUCACACAGGUCCUCCGUUUCCCGGAGCUGCAGCGUCUCUCACUCUCCAUGCUGCCCGAGAUCAGUGACGACAGCCUGGUGUCCGUAGCUCUUCACUGCAGCAGCCUCACCAGCCUUUCGCUCAGCCACUGUCCUCAGAUCAGUGAUAAGGGCAUGGCUCGAGCUCUUCCGCUUCUCCACAGACUCCAGCAUCUCUAUCUGGCCUGCUGUAACGCCAUCACCAAUGAAACUCUGUCCAUCAUUGCUCUGCACUGCGACAGACUGCGGACCCUCGACGUGUCCAUGUGUAAAGACAUAACAGUGCACCAGGUGGACCUCCUUCAGUCCCGACUGCCCUUUCUGGAGAAAGUCCAGUGCCGCUUUGCGAACGGGGCAGAUUUCACUAUGGUAUUAUGAAGCUAUAGCAUCCUGCUAAAGGUGUGUGGUAUUUAUGAUCUAUGAUAAUAGCCUGCAAGCUGAUAUUAGAUUUUUGAGGGCAAAACCCCCUAAAAUAUUUUACUUUCACCAAAGAAAAUUGUUCAAAACAAAUCUGGAACUGAGCUAAUGUCACUUUAAAAAGUGACCACAGUGUAAACUUAUAUUGAGUUGGAGAGAGCUCAACCAAAAUGAAACCUCCUCCACUUGUUGAAUUUCUUUCCUCUGUUGAACACAAGCAAGAUAUGUUGGAGAAAUUAUGACAGCUUUCAUUUUAGGUGAACUUUUUCCAUUGAGAAAUGUUGGCCGUUUUUAUAACCAGAGGCUGUGGGUCUUAGAAAUUUGAACAAAGAUGGCAGACAGAGAGUGUUCAUCUGUGGCAUAUAGAUAUACACACAGAUACAGCCGCAAUUCUCUGAUUGGUUGAAUUUGUUGUAACGCAGGGGUGUCCAAACUCAGUCCUGUAGGGCAGUUGUCCUGCAGACUUUAGCUCCAACCCCUAUUAGACACACCUGAACCAGCUAAUCAAGCUCUCUCUAGGUAUACUAGAAACAUCCUGGCAGGUGUGUUGAAGGAAGUUGGAGCUAAAUUAUGCAGGACACCAGCCCUCCAGGACUGAAUUUGGGCACCCAUGUUGUAAAGCAUCAUCAGUAAUGUGGUUUAAUUAUUUAAAAAAAUUAUCUACAAUUGAUUAACAACCUCAGAUCCCACAACAGGUUUUCACUGAAACUCUUUAUGCUUUCAUUAUGAAGAAGACGUGUGGUGUUUUGACUUUUGGAAUCCAACUGUUGCUCUAAACAGUAAAACAAUUGUCUUAAGGUAAUAUAUUUAAAGCACUUUAAACUCAGGUAUAAAAGAAAAAUCUAUUCCUCCUUUGUGUUUUCUGGCAUGUGGCCAUAAUUUAUGAAUUAUUAAUAUGCUACUGAAUGUAUCCAAGAGUUUUCAGCAGUGUCCGUGCAUUUCAAAUGAUUCCAACAUGAUCUGCUAUUGAUUAGUAGAUAUAAAACUAUACUUCCACACUGUAUUCCUGGCAGUGUCAAUAAAAUUUUAUAAGAAUAA